GGAAUAUAUGAUGGUCACAUAUAUUGGCAAAAACAUAGCAAGUGCAUAUGCCAAGUUGGAAAAAUUUACAAUGCUGGCUAAAAAGAAGAGUCUUUUUGAUGAUCGACCGCAAUAGAUUCAAGAAUUGACUUACAUCAUGGUGUAUGCGUUACAAUCUAAAUUAGCCAGCAUGGGCACCGACUUCAAACAGAUACUAGAAGUGCGUAUAAAAAAUCUCAAACAACAAAAAGCGCGUCGGGAUCAAUUCGGGCAGUCACCAAUUGCUGCUAGCACUGUUCGCUCGAGUACAGCGAAACAGGGCUCCUUGCUGUUAAGCGAAGAGAAUACGGCCGUAAGCAUUGACAUGGCCGCAAGUGAUACAACACCAUUGCUGGGUGCAGUCGGAGGUAGUGGGAUACAGACGCAGCAGCAGAUUGCAUUAUAUGAUGACUCCGAUAGUUACGUGCAACAGCGGGCUGAGACUAUGCAGAACAUUGAAUCGACUAUUGUCGAGCUAGGCGGUAUAUUUCAACAAUCAGCACAUAUGGUUAAGGAGCAAGAGGAGACUGUGGAGCGUAUCGAUACAAACAUACAAAUAUUGAAGUACUUCCAAACUGAUGAUAAAAAUCUUCGCAGUACUGAUAUUCUUUUUCAUAUUCUUCGUAGUUUUCCUUAUAUAAUAACGAAUAUGUUUGUGACACGGCAAGAUUUUAACAAGUUCAGAUGCGCGGUCUUAUAGUUGUGGGUUUUUAAAUACAUAAAUAUAUAAUAUCCUAUUCAUAUACAUACAUAUAAAAAACACUAAUGUAAUAAUGAAAUUAAGUCUUAUAUGCCACGUGAAACACGAUAGCUUUUAGAAGCAGUCACGUAGGAUUAGACACUAAUUCUGCCAAUAAUAAAAUUACUUCACUUAGUUUCACUUUUUUUCAAAAUUUUCUAUAAAAAGUAGAGAUGAUCCUGUGUAAUAAAACGAGAACCGAUUUAUGUAAUCAUAAAUAUAUAAAGAAAAGUUUAAAACUAAAUAAAAUAGAAAUUGUUAUUGG